CUCGUUAUUUCUCACGUACUUGUGGAGAGUGGGUUGAGCCUCUUUCCAGUUUUACUUAGUUCGUUCCACAAACGCUACAGGCGCCAUUACAUUCAGGCUGUUAAAAGGUUUGAGGAGAGACCAUCGUUACUUUACACGAUGGUCUGCAAGUCUUUGGUGAAGGUAUGGGAUAAUUUCGAGCAAAACUUGGCUCUACUAGAAAACUGUUGCUGAGCCUUGGCGUGUAUAAGAAAGAUGUCUCUUGUGGUUGAUUAUUUUGAAGGAAAGCAAGUCCGAUCAUUCUUUGUUCAGGAUAAAGGUCAAUGCAUCGUAGCCUCCGAUGUUUGGAGAGCCGCGGGCUAUAAGCGGGAAGCGGGAGUAAAAGCUAUGCAGAGACUUGUCCCCAACAAAUAUAAAAUGCGGAAAGGUGACGCUGUUGUUGAGCUCCAGAGGGUGGACAGAUCUGUCCACCCCCAGCAAGAUACGGUUUUGCUGACAGAACCAGGCCUUUAUUGCUUCCUCUUAAGGUGUGGCAGACCUGAGGCAGAACCCUUUUUGGAUUGGGUUGUUGCAGAGGUUUUACCUCGAGAGGUCCGCAAGUUUGCUAGAAUUGUAGAAGAAAAUCAAGAGGCGCUGGCUCUGCUCAACGGCGAUUUGGAGAAUAAAGAUCGUGCUCUUGCUGCGCUAGGCGAUCAAAUAUUUACCCUAGAGGAAGAUGUUGACGACAAAGAUCGAACGAUAGCCGUACAAGAGCAAGAAAUUGAAGAACUACGACAGCGAGCUGUUCCUCGCCUUGAGGACCCUAGAAAGGAUAACGGGAUGGUUAUAAUCCAAAAGAAUAACGACGAUGAAUAUCCGUAUGUCGCUAUAUGUGGGCAACAAGGCUAUGUAGCGCAAAAGAUUCGCAACAAGUUAACAGAUCAUCCCAACGGUCAACUCGUCGUUCUUGCAGAAACUCCAAAUGCCAUUGUACAUUACAACUGGCUCCGAGAGCGUGGAUGCAUCGAAGCAGCUGUCUACACCUCGCAGCCUCGUCGUGAUAUAAAAGGGUUGCUUUUAAAGCAAACCUUUCAAGAACCAAAACAUGCUAAUCCUCACGAUAUGUUUGUGACACUAGGGGGAGCUCUUGGGAGCGGGCCUGGGAAGUUAAAAGUGCCGCAGAGGACAAGGGGGGUCGAUAUCGACCCCCUUCAUCACGAUGUUACUGACAUCAUCUAUCUUUUAAAGUCUUGA